AGGACGUCAUCACAACUCGACUAACGUUCAUUGUUUUCGAGUAAAACAGCGUUUCCACCUCCGACACCGCCGCGAGAAAAAAACAAGUUUUAAACUAUUUUUUUUUGUGUAACUAACGAAAUACUUUAUUAAACUUAAUCACCGAUAAAGAAAUGAAUAGUCGCCUACAGGAGAUACGGGAAAAGCAGAAGCUGCGACGCCAGCUUCUAGCUCAACAGUUGGGAGCAGAGAGUGCGGACAGUAUAGGCGCCGUUCUGAACAGCAAAGACGAACUGAAGGAGAUUGAGGAGACCAGAGAGACAUACAGGGCAUCGUUCGAUGCAGCCGGGCCGAGCUCCAAGAGGAAGCCUCAGGUGGAGGGAGAGGACACAGAGGAGGACGUUGAGGAGCCAAAGGAAGAGUUGGAGAUGCAACCGCCAGAUGAGAGCAACCCUUAUGAGGAGGUCUACAAGGACUCUACCACCUUCCUCAAGGGUACCCAGAGUCUGAACCCCCAUAAUGACUACUGUCAACACUUUGUCGACACCGGACACCGACCACAGAACUUCAUCAGAGACGUCGGUCUGGCAGACCGGUUUGAAGAGUAUCCUAAACUCAGAGAGCUGAUCAGACUGAAGGAUGAACUGAUCUCAACCACCAACACCCCCCCCAUGUAUCUGCAGGCCGACCCAGAGCACUUUGACCUGCGUGAUCUGAAGACUAAGUUUGAUGUGAUCCUGCUGGAGCCCCCGCUUGAGGAGUACUACAGAGAGUCAGGAAUACCCCACACAGAACGCUACUGGAACUGGGACGAUAUAAUGAAGCUGGAGAUAGAGGAGAUAUCAGCCCUGCGUUCCUUUGUCUUUCUCUGGUGUGGAUCAGGAGAGGGACUGGACCUGGGGAGAAUGUGUCUGAGAAAGUGGGGUUUCAGGCGUUGUGAGGAUAUCUGUUGGAUCAAAACCAACAAGAACAACCCUGGAAAGACCAAAACCCUCGACCCUAAAGCUGUGUUUCAGAGAACCAAGGAACACUGUCUAAUGGGUAUUAAAGGAACAGUCCGGCGGUCUACAGAUGGAGAUUUCAUCCACGCCAACGUGGACAUCGACCUGAUUAUUACCGAGGAGCCUGAGAUCGGGAACGUGGAGAAACCGGUGGAGAUAUUUCAUAUCAUAGAACACUUCUGUCUGGGGAGACGAAGACUACACCUGUUUGGACGAGACUCUACCAUCAGACCAGGGUGGUUGACAGUAGGUCCUACUCUGACCAACAGUAACUUCAACUCAGAGUCUUACUCCUCCCACUUCUCAAUCACACAGUCUCACCUCUCAGGCUGUACGGAGGAGAUAGAACGUCUGCGACCCAAGUCACCUCCCUCCAAGCUGAAGUCAGACCGUGGAGGGGGUCAUCCCGUGGGGUCGAAGGGGGGUCCUAACGCCCGGCCGGGGGGACAGGGGCGGGAGAGGAACAGGUUUAGGGGCGACAGGGGAGGGUUCAGAGCGGGGGGUCCACACCGCGGGUUCCCACCUCGCUAGGAGGGGCAGACAGAUUAUACUGAGAGAUGGUCGGACACUCGUAUUCUGUACCUCGUCCAGAAGUGUCCACUCCUUCUCUCCUCGUGAUUGGUUGGUGCACCUGUCCGGUCCUUUUAAGUCCACGAGGGGAGUGAACACGUGCACACUUCAGGAGAAGGGAGGAGCCCCUCCCACCUCCCUCUCUCACACACAUACACACACACACAUAUACACACACACACACACACAUACACAGACACACACCUCUCCAGUCUCUCACAUACACACACACACAUACACACAUAUACACACACACACACACAUACAGACACACACCUCUCCAGUUUCUCACACACACACACACACACCUCUCAGUCUCUCACAUACACACACACACACACACCUCUCCAGUCUCUCACAUACACACACACACACACACACCUCUCUCCCAGUCUCUCACAUACACACACACACACACACACCUCUCAGUCUCUCACACACACACACACACACACACACCUCUCCAGUCUCUCACAUACACACACACACACACCUCUCCAGUCUCUCACAUACACACACACACACACACACACACACCUCUCCAGUCUCUCACACACACACACACACCUCUCCAGUCUCACACACACACACACACACCUCUCCAGUCUCACACACACACACACACACACCUCUCCAGUCUCACACACACACACACACACACCUCUCCAGUCUCUCACAUACACACACACACACACCUCUCCAGUCUCACACACACACACACACACACACCUCUCCAGUCUCACACACACAUACACACACACACCUCUCCAGUCUCUCUCACACACACACACACACACACACACACACACACACACACCUCUCUAGAUGGUUGUAAAAUAGUCUUCUGAUCUAUAGAGAAUAAACAUGUUUUUAUUCAUGUUUUUUUACCUUCUAAUAAAACAUCAUCAGAACCACU